AAAAAACACCACCCGGAAGUACUUUAGCCAACACAGAUAGCGCAAGCUAACGCUACACUUUGGUCUUUUGACAACAUUUUCUAUCUUAUCCUUUUGAGCACAAACAUGUAAUAGAAAUUACGUUUACCGUAAAUUAUUUUUUUUCCGAGGACUUUUUUCUUUUGGACAGUUUAACCGUGAAUUCAAAAAAGGAAAACGAAAAGAUAGGAAACGGCUAAUUUUUCUGCUGCACGAAUGAGCUUUUUCUUAUCGCCGUCGUUCUUCUAGUUUCUCCUGAGUGUGGGCAUGUAACCGAAGGAGCUCUUCCCGGUGAUAAAUCCUAUUUUUUUUAUUUGAAACACUUUAUAAUAAUUUUUCCGCUUCGAAGAACGACUGGCCUCGCACUCCCUGGCAGGCCUUUAGUUUCUGGUGAUACUAUAGUUUAAAGCAUUUAGGGCUCUUCACUUUAAUUUGAUAACAAGUUGGAGGGGAGAUUCGACAAGGAGGACAACCUUCAUGCAAUAAGAGCUCGUGUAGAAAAAGCGUCAUAAUGAGUUUCUUCAGUUUUGGACAAAGUGCAGAAAUCGACGUGGUCUUGAAUGACGCUGAAACGAGGAAGAAGGUGGAACACAAAACCGAGGAUGGGAAGAAAGACAAGUACUUUCUUUUCUACGAUGGCGAGACCGUCAGUGGAAAGGUGAAUGUCACGCUGAAGAACCCCGGAAAGAGGUUGGAGCACUACGGCAUCAAGAUCGAAUUCGUCGGCCAAAUAGAGUUGUAUUACGACAGAGGAAACCACCAUGAAUUUGUUUCUUUGGUGAAGGAUCUUGCGAGACCUGGUGAAAUAACUCAGUCCCAGAGCUUCGACUUCGAGUUCACUCACGUUGAGAAACCCUACGAGUCCUACACAGGACAGAAUGUCAAGCUAAGAUACUUUCUUCGGGCCACCGUGGUUAGGAGACUAAAUGACAUCACUAAGGAGAUGGACAUUGUGGUCCACACCCUGAGCACCUAUCCAGAGCUCAACUCCUCCAUCAAAAUGGAAGUUGGCAUCGAGGACUGUCUCCACAUUGAGUUUGAGUAUAAUAAAUCCAAGUACCAUCUAAAAGAUGUAAUUGUUGGAAAAAUCUAUUUUCUGCUGGUGAGAAUCAAGAUCAAGCACAUGGAGAUCGACAUCAUCAAACGUGAAACGACAGGCACCGGCCCGAGCGUAUACCACGAAAAUGACACUAUCGCCAAAUAUGAGAUCAUGGAUGGAGCACCAGUCAGAGGCGAGUCUAUUCCAAUCCGACUAUUUCUGGCUGGUUACGAUCUGACUCCCACCAUGCGAGACAUCAACAAGAAGUUCUCUGUGCGCUACUACCUGAACCUGGUUCUGAUCGACGAGGAAGAGAGGCGCUACUUCAAACAGCAGGAAAUCACACUGUGGAGGAAAGGAGACGUGGUGAGGAAGAGCAUGUCCCACCAGGCCGCCAUCGCCUCCCAGAGGUUCGAGGGCUCAGCCGCUUCCGAGAGCGCACUGGAACAGGCCGCCAAGGAAGAGAGCGGGUAGUGCUGCCGCCCUCAGGACCCGUCAGCAUCCAGGUCACGACCCCCUGCAGUAUCUGGCGAGUCAGCCGUUUCAUAUGUAGCCGCCACUGCUGAUGAAGGAAGGGAGACACGCAAACGGAGACGGCGUGUGAACUAUGAAACCGGUUGUAUGAGGCAUUCUGAAUGGCGUCCGGCUCCCGUCGCGUGUUUUUUAAGGGGAAUCAAGCUAAUCACCUUUCUGCAGUCUGUCCCGUCAGAUGAUGAAACCCUACAUUCUUUAACUUAGUCACUUCCUGAUGCUCAUCAGACUACUUGAUUUCUGAUCUCACUGUUCUAAAAUCACGACUUUGAAACAAGUGAAUCUCAUACAUUCCAUGUUUAUUAAAUGCGUUUCUAACACUGUCACAAAACAAACAAAAAAAUCGGAGUUAACCUUACUUUGCUUUUUUCUCGCUUAGCGUGUUUUAUUUUGUUUAUUUGUGUCUGCACAAAGUUAUCAGAAGUGGAAACUGGAAACUCUUGUUUUUGAUUGAGCGAGAGGAUUAAAGUAUUAUCCCACAUAUUGUUUUUAUUUUAUUUUAUUUUUUAGGCUGUAAAUAAGAUCAUUUAAACCCGUUAUCCUGUUCAAGCUUCUAUACAUUGACUAUUGGGUGCACAGACUCACAAAAUGACCUUUCCCGUCCACAUGCUUUACCUUGGCAUUCCACUGAUGUUAGGAGAAGGUCUGUGUCCAGUGUUUGUAUUAACGUUUCAUUCUAUGGAGUCCUCUAUAUCCUCUUUAUUAGAGACUUGAAAGUUGUGCCUAUGUGUAUUAAGCAAAUGAAAUCCUUCUGCCUCUAACAUGAUUUUAGUCUUUUAACCAGAGAAAAAUGACAGUAUAAGUAUAUCUUUUGCAAAGUGCUAAUCAGUCUUUGUUCCCAGAAGUCCAAUAAAUUGAUGCCAAAUGGAAGAAAA